GGGAAAAAAACGUUAUUAAAUUGUUGCCAUCAGCAAAGUUACAGUCACGAACGCUCUAGAAAACAUGAAAACAGCCUAACCAGUUUUGCUAGGGUGAGUAAAAUGGUCAGAUUGAGGCGUUCUCUCGUUCAUGUCUGGAAGUAGCUAGCAAGCUAGCCAACUUUAGCCUAUUAGCUUGGGUGCUUGACUGCCAUUGUGAGGUCAGAACACUCGGAUCAACCCUACUCCUUGGCCAGAGCGUCCAGUGUGCGCUUUGAACACCCCUCCCCUCAAGAGCGAAACAAACGUCCAGAGCACACUGAGCGUCCUCUGGCACUCCAGAUUGAAUUUACAAACGCACUGACAGUUUGAGUUGCGCAGGUCUGGGCAUGGUACUUGAUUUGAGGCGUCAGAAGUGGCUUCCACCCCUGCCUGAAGCACUCUUCCCAUCUACUGUACAUGUCUACAUGAGUGUUGUCAGAACGUAAUUACUCUCUCAUGACCUCAUACAUCUAUUUAUGAAGUAGGCUACAUGACUUCAACACUGACACAUGUUUCCUGUACAGCCACAGUCUCUCUCUAACACCUUCAACAUGGGCAGCCAAAGAAAAGACAGCUUCCUCUGGGGAAAAUCUUCCACAAUGCUUAGCUCAAUGGAGAGGCAGGAGAUAGACACCACGAAGUUUCAUAAGAAUGACCUAUUAGAUGACAUUCAGAAGCUGAGGUUGGAGAUUGACAGCGUCAUGACAGAAAUCCACAACAUUGAGACGGACGAGGAGAACAAAAAUGUUGUGAGAAACAAGAGGUUCUUAAGUGGGAAAAAGAAAUUCAACAUGGACCCUAAAAAGGGUAUUCAGUACCUGGUUGACAAUGACCUGUUGGAGUGGACAGCAGAGGCAGUGGCCGAGUUCCUAUACAAAGAGGAAGGACUGAACAAGACAGCCAUUGGGAACUUUUUAGGAGAGAGGGAGGAAAUGCACCUUCAAACUCUGAAAGCCUUUGUAGAACUACACGAGUUCUCCGACCUGAAUCUGGUGCAGGCACUGAGGCAGUUCCUGUGGAGUUUCCGUCUCCCUGGAGAAGCCCAGAAGAUUGAUAGGAUGAUGGAGGCGUUCGCUACACGCUACUGUGACUGUAAUGCAGGGGUCUUCCAGUCAACAGACACCUGCUACAUCCUGUCCUUUGCCGUCAUCAUGCUGAACACCAGUCUCCAUAACCCCAAUGUGAAGGACAAGCCCAAUCUGGAGCGCUUCUUCAGUAUGAACAGAGGCAUCAACAAUGGGGGUGACCUGCCCAACGACCUGCUCAUGAAACUCUAUGAGAGCAUUCGGAACGAGCCGUUCAAAAUUCCAGAGGAUGAUGGGAACGACCUCACACACACCUUCUUCAACCCGGACAGAGAGGGUUGGCUGCUCAAAAUGGGAGGAAGGGUGAAAACAUGGAAGAGGCGGUGGUUUAUUUUGACAGACAGCUGUCUGUACUACUUUGAGUAUACCACAGAUAAAGACCCCAUAGGGAUCAUUCCCCUUGAGAACCUCUGUGUAAGAGAGAUAGAAGACUCUACCAAACAGUACUGUCUAGAGAUCUACAACCCCAGAGAGCAGAAGAUCAAGGCGUGCAAGACAGAGAAUGGAGGCAGGGUGGUGGAGGGGAAACACCAGUCCUACAGGAUGAGUGCAGCCACAGCAGAUGAGAGAGAUGACUGGAUAGGCUCCAUCAGAGCAAGUAUCACCAAGGAUCCCUUCUAUGACCUGGUGUCAUUGCGCAAGAGGAAAGUCAUCAACAACAAUGCUUCACAGGACUGAGACAUUAGACAUGAUAUAAAGCUUCAUGGGAAUUGAGCCCGGUAAUGAUCUGUAGAGGUCCCUCUCCGUAGCAGAAAUGCUUGGAAAUGAUAGACUGGUUCAAGUAACUAAACAUGGCGCUUAACGUUACAGUGCUGUACAGUACAGCAUUAGUGCAAUACUGUAACUCUGAAUGAAAAAAGAUCAUUGUGACCUGUGUGUGGUUUGAAGCUGUCAAACCAGAAACUCCCCAUACCUCUUACUGUAAGUCUAAUUUUAUGGUUGAAGUUAGAGUCACUCAGUCUGUUCAAUUACUAAUAGAAAGUGAUUUCUGUUAAUAUUUCUUAGAAAUAAGAAUUUGAACGUACGUGGGAGAGAGUUGCAAACCAAAAUAAGUGUGUAGCACUGUAAGAAUAAUGCAUCAUUCUAUAAGGACAGAUUUGAACAUGUAAUGUAUAAUGCAAAGUUACUAAAAUGUAGUUGUAUAUGGUUAUAGUUGAUUCUGUAGCAUAAGCAUAGAACAAAGGAACUAUCAGGUAAGCGUUACGGAAAUGCUCCACCUUUUCACCUUGCACCAGGCUCAGCGAUUUCAGUUCCUAGUAAGCCUCUGUACUACUAGUCUUUUCCUCUCCCAAGCCUAUAGAAUUCCUGUUACGUGGACACAAAACUUCAACACUGAUUCAGUGUUGCGAGGUUCUUCCAUUGCCUUAGAGGCAUUGUGUAAAUAUUUUUGGAAAUAUGUAUUUUUCAACUCAUAACAUAUGUAUUUUGUAAAUACUGUAUUAUAAUAGAAAGUUAUUUUGCACAUUGCCUGUGAUAAUACACACGUCUGUAUACAUGCCUUAAUAAUGUUGAAUAAAUAAUACAUGCUUAUUUUAUUAUAAA